UUUCGCGGAAAACCUUCUAUGGUCGCUCUUCAUCCGUGUUGUUAACAAAAUGCAGACCACUUUAGUUUAUGUCACCAUUUCUCUUUGGCAUUUCAACUAUAACCUGGCGUUUGUAAGACAACAUCAUGAAGAUAUUGGAGGCAUUCAUGAUUACUACAUAAAUUUUACAACAAAAGGCACCACCACUGGCACCAGUGUCAGUGAGGCUAAAUAUGGUCAUACCAAGUUUUCACAAUUGACAGAUGAUCAGUUUAAAGAGCUAUUCUUGAGUGACCUGAGACCAGUUAGCAGAAAUACAGUCAAAAGAAAACCCCUGACACCAGAACAUUUGAAACAGCUAAACAUUCCACAGAAACUUGACUGGAGGACCAAACUUGGCUACAAUGUUAUCUCCCCUGUGAAAAACCAGAACAAAUGUGGAGGAUGCUGGGCAUUCAGCACAGUUGAGACGGUGGAAAGCAUGUAUGCCAUAGCAACAGGAAAGGCCCCGACCCCAUUGGCUGUACAGGAAGUAAUUGACUGCGCAUACCCAAACUGGGGUUGUAGUGGCGGUGAUACCUGUGUGGCCCUCGAUUGGAUGACUAAAGGGACACCAUUAGUAUCAGAGGCUGUGUAUCCACUGAGGGACGAAUCAGACUUUUGUACAAUCAUCACCAACAAGACAAGGGGGAUUAAAGUGUUUGUCAAGUCUUACACUUGCAAUAGGGGCUUGCCAGAGGAUCGCUUGCUGGAGCUUUUACAGUCCGGGCCAGUCGUUGCAGCGGUAGAUGCUAAAACAUGGCAGAACUACCAAGGGGGGAUAAUCCAGUAUCAUUGCGAGAGUCAUAUCAACCAUGCUGUACAGAUUGUAGGAUAUGAUUUAACAGGUCCAGUGCCUUAUUACAUUGUGCGGAAUUCCUGGGGUACAGACUUCGGACAUUCUGGAUAUCUGUAUAUCAAAGUGGGGGAUAACCUCUGUGGAAUAGCAGAAGAAGUGUCAACAGUGUCUGUGUACCUCUGACCCAGUGUGUAGAUGCAAGGAAGGUAACUCUGUAAGGUUUGCUCAAUCAAUACAAUGGAGUUAGCUGGAGUUGUUCCCCUUCAGAUAAGUUGUGAUAAGGUGAUGUGACCAUAUAGGGAAUAAAAAGUAAUAGUGUGCGGAACAGCUGGAUUUGUUUUUAAGACAUAAACAAAACUUUAACCAUACAGUGCCUUGUAAACAUAGUCAUAUUUUUAUGACAAGAACAUUAUGCUAUUUAUGAAUUUUAUGCACUCAGGAAGAGUGUAUGUAAAAUGCUUUUGUGUUUGUGAUUGUAUGACAUAAUAUAUUUGGUAUCAUGAAUUGGUGCUAUUGAUACUGUUUAAGAAAUUGCUAAAAUUAAAAAAAAACUAUUUUUACAUAAUAAAUACUAAUUUUGGAAAUAACAAAGACUUCAGUUCCUUACAACCCAUAUUGUGUUCCCAGAAUAGUCUCUUAGCUAUUACAAUAAUAUAAAUGGGGUUUUCAAUUAUUUAUUUUUUUAAUUCAUUUCAUUUUUUUGUUGGCAAUAUUUGUUGUGUGUACGUAUAUUUUAUGAAGCCACUGGAGUUGGCCCCAGUGAGAGUAUCAGUUUUGUAGGGUCAUGGGGCAUAGGACGCAGACAGGAUGUGUAGCCUUAGCCCCAAUAUAACGAAAAAACUCAAGUCAAAUCUAAAUCUCAGAUUCAACUCAAUUUACCACAUAGUUUGAUUCAAAUUUUACAUAAUUUUAUACUUUUUGAAAACAUACUUGAAAAAAUAUGCUGAUAAUUUUUUUUUCAAAGAAAAUAACAAUUCUAGAGCAAAAAAUAUAAUUGAGUCAUAGUUAAAAAUUAGUUCAUAGUAUUCAAAUAAUUUUUUGGCUGUUUCAUAUUUUACCAUUGGAAUCAUGACUCUAGGUUUUAAUCAAAACAUUCUAUAAUAGAAUGUGCUCUUAUAAGGUGUAAAAACAUAUAAGAACUAUAUAUAAGAACUUUUCAUGUUGACUUACUUACUGGUAUUGUAAAUGAGUUGAGAUUGGGAUUAAACUUAAGUAUUUUUAUUAUAUAUUGGCCUGGACCCUUAUUCACUAAUAUCUUGAGUUUGAGACAAAUUUUAAUUUUGAUGUAAAAAUGCUAUUACAGAAGCAUAUAUGGCCAAGAUUUUAAUUUUGAUGUAAAAAUGCCAUUACAGAAGCAUUUAUGGCCAAGAUUUUAAUUUUGAUUUAAAAAUGCUAUUACAGAAGCAUAUUUGGCCAAGAUUUUAAUUUUGAUGUAAAAAUGCUAUUACAGAAGCAUAUAUGGUCAAAAUUACUGUAUCUGUUACAAAGAAUCCAUUCAACUAUCGGGCACACAUAUUGUCAAAAUCAGGUUUUUUUUUAUAGAUAUUUUGAUACAUUGAAGAAUUCAGUUUUCUUAGUUAAAGUCUCAGACGCAAGAUGUUUGUGAAUAUGGGCCCAGGUUAGAGAAACACUCUAUAUAUAUAUAUAUAUACUGUAUAUGCUAAAGAAAUAAAAA